AGCCCAAGACGACAUGUUUCGUGGAGUACUUGACGCGGUGAAUUCGAUAAUGGAAGUGAAAAAACAUCGAUUUGAAACACUAUUGCUGAAAGUUUGACGUCCCGUUGUUUGACUUUUUGACUAUAUGUCAAAAUUAUCCCUUUGAAGUGGUGUGUAACCGUAAUGGUGGUAAAUUGUUUUGAGCGAAAACACAAAAAUGUAGAUCAACAUAACGAGAACCAUUUAGGAAACUUUGUAAGAAAGCAAGUUGACGGAUACCUAGUACAAUUUUCCAAAGGGUUAAUAAAAUUUUGUCACGAUGGCCGAGGAUUAUUUCAGUUUAAAAUUGAAGUUGGAGGAACUGGGCUACAAUCACGUUUUGCCUGUAGACGCCGUUCCUUUAGUAGAAUGUAUGGUCGCAGAUCUGCUACAAACCACCCGCAGUCUACAACAUUACAUGGACUUAUCGAAAGAUGCGCUCAAACAGCGCGAUUCUUUACUAAGGGAGGCAGAACCGUAUCGAUGUGAGAACGCUAAGCUUAUUCAGGAAAAUAAUCAGCUUCAUCGCGAACUUAUAAAUUUGAAAGAAGAAAAUGAGAAGCUUAUAAGAGAUAGUAAAAGGAAGAUAAAGUCCCUUUCUGAAGAAUUAGUUAAGAAGGAUAAUAUGAUUACUAAGCUUCAAUACGAGGUGAGAGACUUAAGUCUGCGAGGAUUGUGUGCUGACACUCAAAGUAGUCGCAACAGAAGUAAAAGGAAAGAUGCCGGAGAUCAUCAACCACCACAACCACCUAAAACAUGUAUCUAUAAUGACACAACAAUGGAAAGAGACACCAGUCUUUCAAAAGCUAUACAUUUAUUAGAGGAAAAAAUAGAAAUUUACUGUGAUGAAAUAUCUCUUUUGAAAAAGCAACUAGAGCAUAGAGAUAAAGAAAUUGUGCGGUUAAAUAUGCUCUUGGAGGGAGGUAGGCCUGUAACAUCAAUCAAUAGAGAUUGUUGUAAUAGAACCAUAGAAAAUAAAGUCCAGGAAUUAACUAGACAAUUGCUUGAUAUGGAAAUUUCGAAUGAUCAAUUAAAGAAGGAAAUAGAUAAUGGAUUGGAAAAGCAACAUGAAGCUAUGUUGAGAGCCCUACAUUUGGCAGAGAAGAAUAAAAAAUUACAAGAGGAAUUACAAAAGGUGGAUGCCUUAGCUUUGAAGGUGGAGGAAGAUUGUAACAAUCGAUUAGGCACGUUGAUGAAUGAAGUGAAUCGACUGCAAAUUAAAAUAGACAGUCUCAGUAAGAAGAAUUUAGAAUUAGAAAUGAAUAUUUCUGGUAAGAAAGAAUCUUCACCAGAAUCAGCAAUAUUACAGGAGAAGAUUAGUACACUCAUGAAAGAAAAGGAAACCUUGCAGUAUGAAAUCAGUAGUUUGUCAGAAACAGUUAUAAAUUUACAAGACAAAAUAAAACUGUUGUCUGAGGCAACUACUCACAAGACUUAUGAGCAAACUUUUCCAACUAAACACGAGCUGCAAAAAUUACUUGAAGAUGAAAGAAAAAAGUAUGAAAAACAUGUAGUAGAAAUUCAAGAUAAGCUUAAUGAAACAAUAAACUUGUUUAAUAAGCACCUCACUAGAUGUAAAGAGAAAAACAUUAGCCCCAAAACCUCAACUGAAAGUAAGUUUGUUAAGGACUUGCAUCAGAAAUUAUGUGUUAGUGAACAAAAAAUACUUAUGCUGAAAAAAGAAAAUGAUGAACUCAAAAUGGCAAGAUCCUCUCAAGAAAUAUGCUCUAAGGAAAACUAUAAAGACGUGAUUAGUCAAUUAAAUGCUGAAAAUGCUGAGUUAUCUCAGGAGAAUAUUUUAUUAAGUCAAAAGCUGAACCAGUACAAAACAGGAGUACGUUAUGAUGCGGGUGACACUUACAAGAAAGAUGUCCAAGUGCUAAAAGAUGAAAUAGAAAAGCUUACUUAUGAAAUCCAGAUACUAAAGAAAGACAAAAAAGAGUAUAAUUAUAGAUACAAGGAAGCUCUUGAUCUUACUGAUAAAUUAAAAAGAGAUUUAGCAUGCAAACAGAAAGAGAUUGAAAAGUUACAAGAAGAGAAUUGUUCUUACAAAAUGACCAGUAGGACUGGAAAAGCAUCAGCUGAUCAUUUAAAAGACGAAUGUAGUUUUUUGAGAGAACAGAUUAUACAGAUGCAAAGUGACAUUGUUAAAGAGAAGACUUUGGCUAGUCAAAUUAAAAAUUUACAAUUAGAAACAGAAAGAGGCAGUAAUGAGGUGCAGAAUGAACUUUUAUCUGUCCAAAAGAAACUUAACUUAUCAAAAGCUACUAUGGAUACAUUAGAAAGGAAAUGUAAAGAAUUACAAUCUGAAAUAACUACACUGAAAAAUGAUAAAUCAAAUUUAAUUGACAGCAUCAAAAAAAUUGAUAAAGAACGAGACAAAUUGGUAAUUGAACUAGAUAAUAAAGCUGAAACAAUUAGUACUCUGGAGCAUAAACUAAAAUCGAAAUCGCAUGAAGUGAGCAGACUGGAGAGUGAACUAUCAGAAAUUCAAAGGAAACUGAACUUAAAUAAAGUAACAGAACACAAGUUAGCGGACAGUGAAUCUCAAAUUGCCUUUUUGAAUGGUGAAAUCUUAAGGUUAAACCAAAAACUCGAAGCAGCUAUAAUGGAAAACAAACACUUACAAAAUAGUUUAGGUGAUGUCAAUGGAACACUUAAAAUAACAAAAAUUGAAUAUGAUAAAUCUAGAAAGGAAGUAGAAGGAUUAAAACAUCAACUACAACAUUAUGUUGCUGAAAUAAGGAGAAUUGAAGAAAUGUUGUCACAUAAAGAAGCAGAAAGAUCUGAUAUGCUGGAACAAUUUGCUAGUCUCUCAGUUGAAGCAAAUAUUUUAGAAAAUACUAAUCAGUCAUUAGAAAGUGAAUCUGCUUCAAAAUCAGCUCAAUUACAAAGUUAUAUCAGUAAAAUAGAAAUUUUGGAAUCAAAACUGGUAGAUAAAGAAAAUAUAAUCGAAAGUCAAUCUACAAGAAUAGCUACAAUGACAUGUAAAAUAACAGCCCUCGAAAACGAGAUAAAAUUGGUUAAUGAAGAGAAAACCAUUUUGGAGCAAAAUGUGUCCUACUUGAAAAAGAUGUGUAAUAACUUAAACGACGAAAAUGCAACAAUGUCUGCGGGAAUUGGGGAUAAUGAAACAGAAAUUAAACUAUACGAAAAUAAAAUUAGAAAUUUGAUGGAUGCUAAAUCUAAAUUGUCUGUAGAAUACGAAAAACUGCAACAAAAAUUAAUAACAACAGAAACAUUGUUAUCAAAUGCAAGAAGAGAAAUUGUAGAAUUAAAAUUAGCCUUACAAGACGCUACUUCUGAAACGAAAUCAUUGAAAGAAAGAGUUGAUCAUUUCAACAGAAGGGAAGAGUCGGAAGUUCAUGAGUCAUCCUUGACCAGAGAAGAACUUCACUUGCCUUUAAGGUUGGAAGAAUCUGUUCAUGAAAUAAGCCAUGAAGAGGAUGGAGAUAGUUCACGGUAUUUUGAAGUUUGUAAAAAAAUUUCAAAGUAUAGCCAUAGUAGUACACUUUGAAAUUGUUGAAGAACUAUAAAAUGAGUUUAUUGAAUGUAUGUGAUUACUAAAAUUUUUUAUAUGGUAUUUAUUACCUUUUACAAGUUUAUUAAGU